CGUGGGCAUCAAUCAAGCCACACCUAUUGUUGCCAAGCAACGGAUCUUUAAAUGGCGGAAAAAUCGAGGGAAAAACCUAUUGAAAUGGAUGAUGAUAAUUUCUUUAUGUCACUUGCUUUUUUGACCUCAGACAGAAGUAAAGACCCCGUGACUCAAGUUGGUGCUUGUGUAGUUAAAGAUGGUAUAUUGAUAUCGACUGGUUAUAAUGGGAUGCCGUGGGGCUGCAGUGAUGACAUAUUACCAUGGGACGGGACAGCAAAGAAUGAAGAAGAGAACAAAAGACCAUACGUUUGCCAUGCAGAAUUCAAUGCAUUUGUUAACAGAGGAGACAAAGAUCUAUCAGGCUGUACGCUAUAUACUGGGCUCUUCCCUUGCAAGGAUUGUGCUAAGCUGAUAGUACAGACUGGGAUAACUACAGUCGUGUACAUGAGCGACAAACACAAAGAGAAAAAAAAGUAUAUUAUUGCUAGGGAUAUACUGGAAAAAGCAAAUGUUGAAGUGAGAGAAUUUGUACCCACUUAUUCGAAGCUGACUCUAAAAUCAAGUGCCACUCAAAAUCCUUUCACUGCGUCGCAAAAAUAGUUACACUGGUAUUUUUAUAGAUAGUGUGAAUUAUAUUAUGAUAACCAUCAUUAUUUUUAAAUUCAUAGUUUAUAAUUAUUAUAUUUAUUAUUAUAAUUAUUUUGACUCUGCUUGUAUUCAAAAAGACGAAAAAUUUAAUAUCAAAAA